AGAUUUUGAAACAAUUUUCUGAUUUUUAAUAUUAUUUUAUUAAAACGAAACUCAGCACACUGGCGUGUAGUAUGUAUGUACAUGGAUUUCAAUUUAGAAUUAUAAUGACACGAAGCUUUAAUAUGAAAUACCUAUUCGUUUAUAAAUUUGAACAGAAUGCUGUGGCAGAACUUCAAAACAUUGCUCACCAAGUACCCAGUGGUGCGUGGAAUGGUGUCCUAUAGUCUGAUUUGGCCCACCAGCAGUCUCAUACAGCAGACCUUCGAGGGAAAGCAUUGGACGGACUACGAUUGGUGGCGAGUGCUCCGCUUCAGCAUGUACGGUGGCCUCUUUGUCGCCCCCACUCUCUACGGAUGGGUUAAGAUAUCGUCCGCCAUGUGGCCACAGACUUCCCUGCGGACUGGGGUUAUGAAAGCGGCUGUGGAGUCCAUAUCCUAUACGCCCGCUGCCAUGACCUGCUUCUUCUUCAUCAUGAGCUUGUUGGAACUGAAGACUGUGGAAGAGGCAGCCGCCGAAGUAAGAAAGAAGUUCCUGCCCACCUACAAGGUGGGCUUAUCUGUUUGGCCCCUGGUGGCAACAAUUAACUUCUCCCUCAUACCCGAGCGUAAUCGCGUGCCUUUCAUUAGUGCCUGCAGCUUAUGUUGGACCUGUUUCCUCGCCUAUAUGAAGCACUUGGAGGCCCAUGAAGUCGAUGAAAUACAUCAACAAUUAAGUUAACCGGACUCCUCAAGUAAUCGCAAUCGCCCCAAUCAUCAUUCAUAAAUAAAGGCAUAUUUCAACCAUCAUCCGACUUGGCUGCCCCAUCACGAGGCAAAAUUCUUACCACCUAUCUAAGAGUUAAACCUUUUAAGUGAGCAGUAUAAGAAUUUUAUGACGAAAUUAUUUUUUUUUUAUAUAUACUAUAUAAUGACCCUGAAUAAACAAACCUAUAGGUGAACUAUGAUAAUUAAUAAUAUAGCGAAUUAAAAUAAUA